AGCGGCCGCCGGGGAGCGGGGGCAGCAUGUUAGGGUGCGCGCUACUUAAGGUCCAGCUGCGAGAGCUAUUGACGUGUUUGGAGCUGGAGACUGUCGGGUCCCUGGCGGAGCGGCACCUCGAGGUGAGUGAUCCCGCCACCCUCCUUCUGUGCCGCCUGCAGGGAAGGGGGAAUCGAGGGCUGCACCUGAGCCGCCACGGGGCCCAAAUACACUUCCGCGCGAAGCUGCUUCCACCAGGCCUCGCCGCGGCGCGGGCCCCUUCCCCUCGCUUCUCCUCCCCGCGAUGCGGGUCUCUUCGGGCCAGGGACGAGGAAGGUGACCCGUGCCCGGGCCACCCCAGACGUUUCUCCAGCCUCCUUCCCAGCCUUUGAAGCGUGAUCGCCUGCACCUACACCCAGUUUCCUGCGUUGUCCUCGCCCCCUGCCCCUCGGCACCAUCGAAGGUGGAAGCAAGGUGUGUUCACCUGUGCCCGCCGUCCACGGUUUGACGGACGGGCUGCAUCGCGGAAGGCAGCGAGGUCUCGGGCUUGCAUCCCUCCGGCUUCUCCAUUCGAUUGCCCGCCUCCCCCCGUAAGAAGACUGUUAGGAUGCCAAUGGUAGCACGAAGACUGAGAGAUCCUGACAUAAAUCCUUGCUUGUUGGAAUCUGAUGCUUCUACCAGAUGUAUGGAUGAAAAUAACUAUGACAGGGAAAUGUGUUCCAAUUACUUCUUGAAGUACAAAAACUGCCGAAAGUUCUGGAAUUCUGUCAUGGUGCAGAGAAGACAGAAUGGAGUGAAGCCACCUAUGCCAACAGCAGCAGAAAGAAAUGAAAUCUUGGGAGCAAUGGGAAAGAUGCCCUAUUGAAUGUUUGCAUUAAAAUGAUUUAACUCAAAAGGAGAUAAAUAUUUUUAAUAAA